AGUACAUUAGUCUCAAGUCUCAGCUCACAAAAAGACAGUUUUGAAGAUGUUGAUGUCAUCAAUGAGCAACCUGCAACAAGUGCCAAGUAUAAUCCCAACAGGUAUCGACUUGUAUUCAAAAAAGAAAAGAAUGAAGAUGUUAAACAAAGACUGGCUAUGGCAAAACAACCUUUUGAACCAUUAUCAGAGGAAUGUCUUGAAGUUAGUUAUGAAGAUGUUUUCACUUCUGGCUUAGACCUUGACAUGCCAAAGCGUCCUUGUUGGGACUAUACCUUAACUAAACAGCAACUAGAAAAUCGAGAACAGAAGUAUUUUAAAGAAUAUAUUGACACUUUAGAAUCCAAGUUUGAAGAGCAGGAAUUGAGCCACUUUGAAAUGAAUCUCGAAACCUGGCGUCAAUUGUGGAGAGUUUUGGAAUUUUCAGACAUUGUACUGUUAGUAAUCGACAUUCGAUUCUCCGUUUAUCAUUUUUCACCAGCUCUUUACAAUUAUGUGACAAAAGAUUUGAAGAAAAAUAUGAUUCUUGUUUUGAACAAAGUAGACUUAAUUCCUGCACCUUUAGUUUUGGCUUGGCAAGAAUACUUCAGGCAGCAUUUCCCUGAACUUAAAAUCAUGUCUUUCGCAUCAUAUGCUGGCAUGAUAUUAAAAGAAGGAAAAAGAGGUCGAAGAGUAGGAAAUUUACACAUGGCAGUUGCUGGCUCUCGCAAUCUCUUGAAACUGUGUGAAGAUAUUGUUGGAGAAAAUGUUGACCUUUCAAGUUGGAAAGAAAAAAUUAAUAGUGAAGCUGCUCAAAUAGGCUCGAGUGGUGAUACAUAUGUUGAUUCUGAUUCUGAAUUUGAAGAAGGGGAGGAUGAAAUAAGGCACUUUAAAGGAAAAUCUGAGGAAAAUGUUAAUGAUACAAGUCCUUAUCAAGGUGAAUAUUAUCGAGAUAAUAUCCUGACUAUUGGAUUUGUUGGCCAUCCAAAUGUUGGAAAAUCUUCUUUUUUGAAUGCUGUUUGUGGCAAAAAAGUUGUAAGUGUUUCAAGAACUCCAGGUCAUACUAAGCAUUAUCAAACAAUUAUGUUGACAAAAAAUGUGAGGUUGUGCGAUUGUCCAGGACUAGUAUUUCCAUCUUUAAUUCCUAAGCCAGUUCAGGUUCUUAUGGGCUGUUAUCCUAUUUCUCAACUUAGAGAACCAUAUUCAGCUGUUACAUUCUUGGGUCAACGUGUUUCACUUCCAAAUAUUUUGAAACUAAAGCAUCCUGAGUUUGAAUCUUUUGAACCUGGAGAAGAAAUUAAAUGGUCCUCUUAUGAUAUUUGUGAAGCCUGGGCUGUCAAACGGGGAUUUCGAACGGCAAAAACUGCUCGACCAGAUGUUUAUCGAGCAGCUAACAACAUAUUAAGAAUGGCUUUAGAUGGUCGUACCAUAUGUUUAGCAUUUUAUCCACCUAAUUACACUAAAGAGAAAGAAAUGUGGUCUAAACACCCUGGUCUUCAAGAGAUUUUAUCAGUACAAUCUCAUCGUCAGAAAGACCAAGAAUUUACAGGACAUUUAACAGAAGAUUAUGGUGAUAUAAAAUUUGUUAGAGUCACAGAUGAUACAGAAGAUUAUGAUGAAACAGAAUCAGAGGAGGAGGAUUCAAGGAAUGAUGAGGCAGAUAGUGAAGACAGUGCUGAUGCUCCAUCAUCUGAUAACAAAUUUGGAUUGCUAGGUGAAGAAGUAAAUUGUUGAUUGACAGCUUGAUACUGUUUACUUAUGUUCUCUUAAAUCAUGUUCAUAGCAUAAAAACUUCUAGAAUUUCCAUAGAAAAUUUUUAUUUGACUUUAGAACUUGCCUAUUUAAACAGGAAAAACACAAAGCUGUUCAUUAUAUCAUUGUAAAUACUAUAAAUUUAACAGAGCACUGUAUAGGUAAGAAUGUAAAUAAUAUUAGUAUGUGCCUCUUUCUUCUAUUCUAAACCUGAAACCCCUAAAUAUACAUGGAAUAAUUUGGACAUAUUCUUAUGCAUAUGAAUUCAUUGAAAAAAAAAAUGCAGAAGGAGAGUCUUUCCAGAUUUCUUUUGUAUAUACAGCAUAUAUUAAGCUUAGUUUGAGCUAAAUAUAAACUGAAGUCCAAAAUUUCUCAGUAGUCAUGUUUCCAUAAAUGUAUUUUCUACUUUUGUCUGUGAUACUUAGACCAACUUCAUGAAGUGAAAUAUUUUCAAAGUAGACAGAAUUAAAAUUUUUAAUAUUAUGAAAUGUGAAUAAAUAACCUAUAAAAAUAUUAACAGUGAUAGAAACAAGAAUUUAUCAAAAUAUGUGCAUUACUUUCAGUAAAACUGCAUUCAAAAUUUUUAUAUAUGUUAAAUUUUUUACGAUAGGUUUUUAAUAAAAGUUGCUAAAAAAAGAUAAAAACCAUAUCAGAAAUAUUUAAAUUGUUUGAUUACUCAUUUUUAUGAUGUAUAAAACCUGUUGUUUUCUUUUUGCUGACAAAUAUGUUUGACAAUUUCAUGGAAAUAAAAUAUUGUUUUCAUAAAAAUUAGCUAACAGUUAAGGAAACCUAAUUAAAUUAAUUUUUAGCACUAAACAGACACAUUUAUUUAUUUGAUAUUAGUGUAAAACUUUAAGAACUGUGGACUGUGCCACAAAAAUUGCCUCAAAAUUAUGAAAAGAAAAGAAAAAAAAAAAAAAAAAAAGAAGAAGAAGUCUGUUUAUAUCCCCCUAACUGAUGUAAGAGGAUUUGGUGACACCAUAUGCCAGGCAUGUGAAACUUUUACAGGACAGUAUUAACAGAAAUUUUGUGAAACUUUUACAGAAUGCAGGCCAUAUUAAAAAUUUAGGAUUUAUUGAUAUGAUAAUAUAAAAAAUAUAUGUGUCUUAAUCAGUUUAAUCUCUCUGCUAUUUAAUAUAAAUCUCCAUCAAAAAAUCUUAAAAAUAUAAAAUACAGAAUAAUAUUUUUAAAUAAUAAUAAUAGUAACCUUAUCGAUGCAAUGAUUGUGACAUCAUGGUUGACACAAGAUGGUCAGUAUUCAAGGAUAUUAUGGGCGUUGAAACUAACAAUGUGUUUUCCAGGUACACAUCAAUAAUUCACGUGUCUUUGUCUGGAAUUCCGUGAAUUUCAUCCAUGAAAAAAGUUGUUCACAUUUAUAUAUGCUUCCAAAUAGCAUCAUUUUUUUCCUAGCCGAAAGCUGCCAGUUUUGGAAACUUGCCACUUUAGAAAUAGUUUUUAAGAAAGUCAGUUAGUGUUACAUCCUUUCUUUUUGUCUUCAGAACAAAGUUCACUAGUAAUGCGAUUAAUUCCAUUUCCAAAGAAAGUUAUACUAGUACGACAUCAACAUCAAACGGAAAAGAGAAAAGUCGCAUGUUUGCUUCUUGUUUUUUUAAGUUGCUGAACUUAAUGCUGAAUACUUAACUCAAAGAUUUCAACUUAUCUGCAGAUUCAGUUACAUUUGGAAAAGUGGUCAUGGCCCAUGCAAAAUCAGGGUGCGAGGCCAGGUGCUACCCAUAUGUUGCACUUGCCUGCCAUAUUUUCCUCACAUUUUUGCUGCUUAGUAAAUUUAAGACCCCUUCCAAAUUGAACUUUUCUCUUGAAGUCGAUGAAAAAAUAGGUAAAAGAACUAAAGAAUUUAAAAGAAUAUUAAAGUCCUUCUUCCCCAUUUUGAUAAAAGCAGAUUUCUCUUAAGCACAUUGUAUUGGCCUAGACUUUCCUAUCCUAAGCAUCACACUGAAACUACAGGUCUGUGAAAUAGCUGCUAUGAAGAGAAAAGUGAGGGAGAAAAAUCUUUUAAUGUUGGAAACCUUAAGAUUGAAACCUCUUAAAUUAUGCUUUUUUUUCAUAAAAAAAAGGGCAAAAAUGUAUUUUUGUGGUUUUAUUUUGAUGCUAAUGAUAUUUAGUUUUUAGUAAGAAUUUUUUAAUAAAUAGCGAUGUGGCAUUGUGAAAAAUGUGCCAUAUAUGAAACAGCAACUAGAAUCAAAUAGUUAAGAUUAAUUUGGAAACUGAAAUAUUACGUACUUUUUUAGAAAUUAACUAGUCCUUGUCAGAUUAUUUUAUUUUGUACACAAGAAGAGAAAUUUUUACAUGGUGCUAGUUUUAUAGCCAUGCUAAAUUACAUUUUACUUUUACAAAUUAGGAAAAGAGAUGUAACAUAGUGCCUUUAUAUAUUUUCAAAGUUAACCUUUUUUUUUUUAGUAUCCUACAAUCUGACUUUUCCAUUGACAAGUAGAAAGUGUACAUAAAUUGUUUUCUUAAUGAAAAGUUUUGAGUAAUAACUUUUGUGGUUCAGAAACUGAUUACAGUAAUCAAACCCAUAGCUGUUGCAAUAAAAAUUAUUUUUUGUGAGUAUUAUUUUAAUUUUUAUAUAUUGAACACAUUUCUUGUGUGUUGUUGGUAUAUAUGUUCCCAUUGUAAGUAUUCACCUACAUUUUGCAGCCUAAUAAUUUUAUACAGUACACAGAAUCCCUCCUCUUUUUCUCCCCUUUUUAAGAACAAGGGAAAGGAAGAGAUAGUGCAAAAUUUAAGAGGGUAUAACUUCAUUACUAUUUUCAAUAUUUUAAGUUGUUGUGAUUAAAAAACAAGUAUUGUUUUAAAAUGAUUAAAUUACAUCUAUAUCUAAUAAAUCUUUUUGAAUAUUAAAAAUCUUUUAGAUAUAAUAAUGCAUUCUAGUAUGCGUAAUAAAUCCUCCUUGGAAUAUAUGUUUCCACGAUGGACUUAUUUAUUUUGUCAAUCAUGCUUCUAAAGUGAAAUCUCUGCUGUAGGGAGCAAAUAAGCAGCCAUAUCUUGAAGACAUAUAUUCAUCUUUCUACAUUUUAAUAAAAUUUUGCAGAUGUACAGCAUUUAUUAUGCAUAAUCAUCUAUCUGUUUCUGUGGUAAUGUAGAUUUAAUGUUUUAAAAUACAAUUGUAUUAAAAAUUGUUAUUGUUCAAGAAUCAUUAAAAAUAAUAUUGACCAUUAAUUGCAUAGUCUGAUAGAAUAGGAAUUUCUUGAUGAUCUUCAACUUGAGUUUUGCAGACGCAUCAACUGUAAGUUACUGUGAAUAUGUAAAUCUGUGAAUUCUAUUAAACAGUUUUUGAUCUCUG